GGCCCCGUGGUGCCAAGUUCAGGGACAGCUCCGGUUCCCUCCCCGCCCCCUGCUCCUAUCCCUCCUCCUGACCCUUUCAUUCUUGGCUCUGUCCUCAGUGUGUCCAGAACCCAGCAGCGUCCUCUGUCCCCUGCUCUGGGCCAUUCCCCACCCCACCCCCUCUGUGAGCCCCUCACUCAGGGUUCAGGACCCACGGCCCCGCCCUACCCCAGCUCCCUCUUCAGGACCCGGCCAGCUGACCCUGACCCUGCUCCCUCCACGCGCACCUGCCCACAGAAUGGGGGCCAGUGCUGGGGCCAGGGCUGGGCCCGGGCUGCGGCCUGCACUGCUGUUCCUGUUGAUGCUAGGGACACCCAGAUUGGGGGUGCAGGGGGAGGACGGGCUGGAAUUCCCUCAGUAUGAUGGCGUGGACCGUGUGGUCAAUGUCAACGCGAAGAACUACAAGAACGUGUUCAAGAAGUAUGAGGUGCUGGCGCUGCUCUACCAUGAGCCCCCCGAGGACGACAAGGCCUCACAAAGACAGUUCGAGAUGGAAGAGCUGAUCCUGGAGUUAGCGGCCCAAGUCCUCGAAGACAAGGGUGUUGGCUUUGGGCUGGUAGACUCGGAGAAGGAUGCAGCUGUAGCCAAGAAACUAGGACUCACAGAAGAGGACAGCAUCUACGUGUUCAAGGGAGAUGAGGUCAUCGAGUACGACGGCGAGCUCUCCGCAGACACCCUGGUGGAGUUUCUCCUCGAUGUCCUAGAGGACCCCGUGGAACUGAUAGAAGGCGAGCGCGAGCUGCAGGCGUUUGAGAACAUCGAGGACGAGAUCAAACUCAUUGGCUACUUCAAGAACAAAGAUUCUGAGCAUUACAAGGCCUUCGAGGACGCGGCAGAAGAGUUUCACCCCUACAUCCCUUUCUUCGCCACCUUCGACAGCAAGGUGGCAAAGAAGCUGACCUUGAAGCUGAAUGAGAUCGAUUUCUAUGAGGCCUUCAUGGAAGAACCUGUGACCAUCCCAGACAAGCCCAACAGCAAAGAGGAGAUUGUCAGCUUCGUGGAGGAGCACAGGAGGUCCACCCUGAGGAAGCUGAAGCCUGAGAGUAUGUAUGAGACGUGGGAGGACGACAUGGACGGAAUCCACAUUGUGGCCUUUGCAGAGGAAGCUGAUCCAGAUGGCUACGAGUUCUUGGAGACGCUCAAGUCUGUGGCCCAAGAUAACACUGAAAACCCCGACCUCAGCAUCAUCUGGAUUGACCCUGACGACUUCCCCCUGCUGGUGCCCUACUGGGAGAAGACAUUUGACAUCGACCUGUCAGCGCCACAGAUAGGCGUGGUCAACGUCACCGAUGCGGACAGCGUGUGGAUGGAGAUGGACGACGAGGAGGACCUGCCGUCCGCGGAGGAGCUGGAGGACUGGCUGGAGGACGUGCUGGAAGGCGAGAUCAACACGGAGGACGACGACGACGAUGACGACGACGAUGACUAGCGGCUGUGGCCUCAUUCUCCCAGCCCAGCCACUCUCCCUGGGCUCCCUCCCAACCCUGUCCCUCCCUGGGCUCCUCUGGGGACACUGGGCCAUCCUCUGCGGUAGGGAGGCCCUAUGCUGAGUGCUGAGACCCCGACCUUUGCCCCACGAGGCCAGGACCUGCUCAUCCCCACGCACCAGCCCAGCCACCUCCGCCGGCCAUCUCCUGUCCCUUGGCAGCCCUGUUCCUACG